AUGUUUGUCAAGCUCACAGAACUGUAUCUCUUUCUAUUUCCGCUUGUUUGGAUUGCAGACUCUGAAGAUGCUGGAUUCACCUACAAUGGUUUCCGAGGUGUUAACUUGAACCUGGACGGUUUGGCACAGAUCACACCAGACGGCCUAUUGAUGGUGACCAACCGCACUGCACAUCAGACAGGUCACGCUUUUUACCCAUACCCACUCCACUUCAAGAACCCAUCCGACGGUGAAGUGGUCUCCUUCUCUACCACUUUCGUGUUUGCCCUCUUCACCCAGCCCGGAAUCCCAGAUGUAGCCGGCCAUGGAUUAGCUUUUGUCAUCGCUCCUUCAAGGGGGUUGCCAGGAUCUCUACCAAACCAAUAUCUAGGCAUCUUCAACGCGUCCAACAAUGGAUAUUCGUCCAACCAUGUUGUUGCAGUUGAACUCGACACAAUCCAGAACAUUGAAUUUGAUGAUAUCAAUGAUAAUCACGUAGGUAUUGACAUUAACAACUUAAGUUCUGUUGCUUCCGCACCGGCGUCUUAUUUUACUGAUCAAAAUGGUGGGCAUAAGAACCUAACCCUCAAAAGUGGGAAGGCAAUGCAAUUGUGGAUCGAAUACAAUGGCUUCAACACUCAAAUUAAUGUCACGUUAGCUCCGAUUAAUGUGCACAAACCAGAUAUCCCACUCUUAUCCUUGCAUUAUAAUCUUUCUCCAAUCAUGAAAGACGCCAUGUACGUUGGUUUCUCGGCGUCUACUAGCCCAACUCUAACAUCCCAGUACGUGUUGGGGUGGAGCUUUAAGAUGAACGGUUCAGCCAAAGAGCUCACUCUUUCCCAACUUCCUAAGCUUCCUCGAGUAGGACCCAAACCGCAGUCUAAGUUUGUUACUGUUGGGUUGCCCAUUAUUGGCCUGGUUUUAUUGUCCACAAUGAUAGGCGGCAUUACUUUUUUCUUGAGGAAGAGAAAAUUUGCAGAAGUAGUUGAAGAUUGGGAAUUAGACUACGGGCCGCAAAGGUUCAAAUUUAAGGAGCUUUACAUUGCCACCAAAGGAUUCAGGGAAACGGAGCUUCUGGGAUCGGGCGGUUUCGGUACUGUGUACAGAGGCAUAUUACCCACUUCCAAAGUUGAAGUUGCAGUGAAGAGAGUGUCCCAUGAAUCAAGGCAAGGAAUGAGAGAAUUCGUUGCCGAGAUUGUUAGCAUCGGUCGACUGCGGCACCGGAACUUAGUACAACUCUUGGGAUAUUGCCGGCGUAAAGGAGAGCUUCUGUUGGUGUACGAUUACAUGCCAAAUGGAAGUUUAGACAAGUAUAUCUUCGACCAACCAAAGUCUAACUCUAGACUGAGUUGGGACCAAAGAUUUAGAAUCAUCAAAGGGGUAGCGUCGGCGCUAUUUUAUCUGCAUGAAGACUGGGAGCAGAUUGUUGUUCACAGAGAUGUAAAGUCCAGCAAUGUAUUAUUAGACGGAGAAUUUAAUGGUAGGUUAGGGGAUUUCGGACUCUCAAGGCUAUAUGAUCACGGAACCGAUCCUCAAACAACACAUGUGAUGGGAACUCUAGGUUACCUUGCGCCAGAGAUCGCUAGAACUAGCAAGGCGACACCGAGCACAGAUGUGUUUGCUUUUGGUGCUUUUAUGCUUGAAGUGGCUUGUGGGAAAAGGCCUAUGGAACCACAAGCAUCGGGUGGUGAUGAGGAUGUUAUUUUGGUUGAUUGGGUGUUCUCGUCUUGGAGGGGAGGGACCAUUCUUGAGACAGCAGAUCCAAAUUUGGGGGGUGAUUAUGUAGUUGAGGAGAUGGAUUUGGUGUUGAAACUUGGCCUUGCUUGCUGUAAUUCAAUUCCAACUGCUAGGCCGACUAUGCGUCAAGUAUUGGAGUUGUUGAACGGAGAUGCUCCUCUCCCGGACCCAUUGCCGGUUAGUGCUCACGAUGAAGCAGGCUUCGACGGGUUUAGUACGUCAUGUCCUUCUCUGGGGAAUACAAUCACUCAAUCAUCUGUGGCAGAGUCGCUUCUCUCCACGGGUCGUUAGACUUGGAAAUACGUUUGGUUAAUAAAGCAGCCAGCUUAAUUAGGCGUCUAUUGUAAGGGGUAUGUGGUGUAAAAAUCCUUGUUGUGAAAAAAUAAGAUAAAAAAAAAGGUGGUGUAAACAAUAUUGGCUGCCUUCGUUUCGCCACCAGAGUCUCUGGAUCAUGUGAAAAAUUUAGU